CAACGCCAAAUAAUCAAGCUUCAUCACUGCACAGCGCACAACCUCACCCCUCUCCCAAGAACUCUCAAACCAUCCGGCGAGCAGUCAUGGAAUCACUCAAGGCAAUCUUCUGGAAACCCGAUCCAGCCGUCCAGCUACGGAAAUGCAACGCCCUACUUCGCAAGAACGCUCGAGAGCUCGACAGACACAUGCAAAGCCUCCGGCUCCUCGAAACGAAGACCAAGAAGAUGAUACUUGACACCUCAAAUUCAAAAUCCAAUAGCAGCGCGCAACAAACACGUAUCCUCGCGCGUGAGCUCGUCCGCAUUCGACGGCAGUCCUCGAGAUUAGCUACCUCCAAGGCUCAACUUCAGUCUGUAGGGAUGCAAGUAAAUGAGGCCUUCUCAGUGAGAAAGAUUGAGGGUAGCAUUAAAGCCUCCACGAGCGUUAUGAAGGAUGUAAAUAGUCUUGUGAGGCUGCCCGAGUUGACCGGAACAAUGAGGGAGUUGAGCAUGGAGCUUGUCAGGGCUGGCAUUAUUGAGGAGAUGGUUGCUGAUUCGUUACCCGGCGAUGCUCUUGAGGAGGAUGACGAAGAGGUGGAGACCGAGGUGGGAAAGAUCCUUGGAGAGAUCAUGGGUGGAAAGUUGGAACAAACAGGUGCCGUUCCCUCGCAACUCGAGAAGGGGGAGGAGGUCGAAGAGGGCUCCGAGAUGGGUCUCGAGGAUAUGAGAGAGCGAUUGGAAGCAUUGAAGAGCUAAGGUUUUUUGUUUUUUGUUGCAUUUUACGAAAUAACUGUCAUGAUAGUUUGCACUGGUGCUUGGAUUGCCCUGAUUGAUACUUGUUUGGGAGCUAUUUCUCUUUUGUCUUUCUGGAUUUCUAAUUUUAUGUUUACUGAUGCCGGGAUAACAAGUAUCUGUACUGUAUGGAUUUUCUAGCUGUUUUGGGCGGCUUUCUGUGAAAAUAUAGAUAUAUUUUGCCUUUGCUCACAAUCCAACAAGUUCUGAAA